AUAUCUCGCAAAAUCUCGUCUGCUUCCUGUGGAUAACUUCCUGUCUGUUUCGGUUUUCGAGUGUGUCUGUAAUCCUGGCUCCUCAUACUUUAAAUUCCAUGUUAUGCAAAUGAAGGGUGUGUUGUAAUCCCUUUUUUAAUUUUUUAAUACUAUGGACAGUGAAAAUACGAGUAAUUAUCGUGGUAGCCGAAUGAAUACGAUGGAAGGUGUUGGAGCUCGAGUGAUGAGAGGACCCGAUUGGAAAUGGGGAAAACAAGACGGAGGUGAGGGGCACCUGGGCACUGUAAGAAACUUUGAAUCUCCUGAAGAAGUAGUGGUUGUUUGGGACAAUGGGACAGCUGCAAACUACAGAUGUUCCGGAGCUUAUGAUCUUAGAAUUGUGGAAAGUGCUCCUACCGGUAUCAGACAUGAAGGGACAAUGUGUGACACUUGUCGACAGCAACCUAUAUUUGGCAUCCGUUGGAAAUGUGCAGAAUGUACAAACUAUGAUUUGUGUUCCAUAUGCUAUCAUGGAGAUAAGCAUCAUUUAAGACACAGGUUUUUUAGGAUUACAACUCCUGGGAGUGAAAGGGUCUUGGCAGAUCCAAGACGAAAAAGCAAAAAGAUUGCUAUCCGUGGUAUUUUCCCUGGUGCCAGAGUUGUCCGUGGUGUUGAUUGGCAAUGGGAAGAUCAAGAUGGAGGUAAUGGUCGGCGAGGUAAGGUAACUGAAAUACAAGAUUGGAGUGCUGCAAGUCCUCGCAGUGCUGCAUAUGUCAUGUGGGAUAAUGGAGCCAAAAAUUUGUAUCGUGUUGGAUUUGAAGGCAUGGAAGAUGAUGGUAUUUGUGAAUUUUUGCCGCAUAUGCCAGUAAAUUUUAGAGUUGUCCCUGAAUAUGGGAAGGGUUGCUGUGAAAUAGAUGCCAUGAAAGAUUGUGCAACGCAGCAAUUUUUGGCAUCCA